CUAGUUUUUGAUCGACGUGAUCACGUGAAUUUGACGUCAUUUUUCUUAAAUACAUAGGUACAGAGUAGUUACAAAAAUCCAACGUGGGUAUUCGGUAAUUUCCCAACGUGUGAUUAGUUAUAUAGUUACGAUUUUUCAAAUACUGUGCUUAUAAAUAGCAAAAUUUCUCUCUUGAUUGGUUCAUAACUCUUUGAACGUUUCGUGAAACUAGUGAAAAAGUGGUUGAUGUGAUUUUUUUUCCUUUAAAUUUUCAAUUUUUGAUUAGUGUUUGUAAUAUAAUCUAACAGAUAUGUUGCAGUUGAUGAAAAUUUACAGCGUUUUACUAAUCGCUUUUUUGGCAUUGGCCGAAGCAGUGGAAGAAGCACCAGCCCCAGCCCCAGCACGUGCCACUUUAUCAGAUCAAUCUGCUGAUUUACCGCCUUCGAUUCCAUUAGCAUUAGCUUUAAAGAUGAACGCUCGAAUUAAAAGACAACCUCAGCGAUUAUCUUGGACUACUCAGAGACCAAUUGUGAACCGUAUCUCGAACCAUAAUUGGGCAGAUGAAUCCGAAUGUAUAAGAAAUUGUCCAGCUACUAACCAGUGGAAACCUGUUUGCGGCACUGAUAAUUUAUCGUACGCGAAUAUGAAUAAAUUGAGAUGCGCUCAAAUGUGCGGAAAACAGGUUGCAUACGUGUACAACGGAUCCUGUUACACCACCGAACCUCCUACAAAUACAUCACCAAUUUAUAGUGCGAAUGGCUCGCUUCAAUAGAUCUAUAGGUAUACGUGUGAAAGAAGAUGAUUAAUUGAUGGCAUUCUGUGAUAAAUACCUACCUAUUGAAUUAUAGCACCGCGACAUUGUUAACCUACUAAAUAAUACCUACCUAUUUUAUAAUAUUAUUAUUAGUGUUAAGUCAGUUAUGUUAUACCAAUCAACUCGCUUGUUUGUGAUUUUUUUUUUUUACUUAUUAAUAUUAAGGACCCGAUUAAAAAUUUUCCUAUUA